UUUGCUGCUGCUUGGAUUUGCUACGUCAGUAGAAACGUUUUGUUAGUCUCGUCAAGCGGCGGUUGAUUUUGCGGCAUUGCAAUUCGUUGCAACAAUGACGCGCAUACGCAAUAUAUGUAUAUUUGACGAAUAAAUUUACACGCGCGUAAGCAAGCAUAUUGCUAUGUUUCGCGGUUAAUUUGGUUGAACAUUUGUGGCAAACGAAACUGUUAGAAGUUGAACCAAAAAUUAGUUUUUGUGAAAUAAAAUAGGCAAAAAAAUAUAAAACCGAAUGAAACAAAUCAGAAAUUGGAAACAAAUUUUUACCAAAAAUUAAACAAAUAAAUGAUAAAUUAAACGAAAAUUUCAAACUAAAGCGAAAAUAGUAAUAAGUAAAUAAGAGUAUCUUUAAAGGAAUUGUUGCAAAAAGACUGCUUCGAGACCUCGAGUGUGAAUGUUUUGAUGGAAAAGUUGUAAUUUUUGCAGAUAGGAAAGUUUGUUCCACUCUGCGAAGGUGUACGCAACACGAGGUCAAAAAUUACAUGACGGUCUGCCAACACAACAAGAAAGACGAUUGCGUGCAAAAGGAAAUUAGCUCAACAACUGAAAUUACCAAGUUUGGAAGUCUGAGAAUACGCCUAGCCGCACACAGCAUGCUUCCAGCGCAACAUGAGUUUUUGCUUGGCAACAUGUUGCUAGGCGCUGUCGGCAACAAAACAGCAAUGCUGACGAUGACGGCGUCGUGCUAAGCGAAGUGGAAGUCCCAAGUAACAGACAGGAAAACCAACAAACGAAGCGGCGAACGCGUGAGGGUGUGAGCGCGCCUGCAUAUAUGUGUGUGUAUGUAUGUGUGCGUCUGUAGGCAGCGAAGUGACAACAUUUUGAGGGCGCGACAAGCAACAGCCACAGACUCAAAGUAGCUGGUGGUGUUGGAGCGCAGCUGACUGGAUGUGUAGAGCUGGCUGGCUGGCUGGCUAGCGGUAAAGUGGCGUUCGUGCUUGCUCGUGCGGUUAGUCGUAUGCUUGACAGUUCCGAAGCGGGUUUGUGUUAACGGAAGAGCGCAAAGUACAACAGAUUUCGUAUGUGAACAAUUAUGGUACUUAUGAAAAACGAAAGAUUGUCGUGUCAAUUUCGUAUGGCAAAAAAUAAACUACAGAGUGAACCAAGUGUUUGAAAAUCUUUGUGAAGCAACCUAACGGUACAACGUAUUUUAAAUGGUUGCAAGGGUGAAUAUUUGACUUUUUUAUUAAAAAUUAAAAACAGUGUUAAAAAAAGUUUAAAAAUUACAAAAAAGAAGCAACAACAGAAUAUAGCUUCAUAUAAUAAUUUUGAACGAACAAGUUCAACAAUUAACUAGUGACAAGUGUUUUGAGUGAUUUUAUUAAACGUGCAACACGCGCUAAAAAUAUUUCAAGCACUCGUAUAUGCAUGUAACUAGUGGGAAGAGCAAACGGAAAAACGCGAAUAUUAAAAAAAGCAGAAACAGUAAAACAAAAGUUCAAAUCAAAUUGUGAAUAGUGACAAAGUGUCAACGCUGCUGGUGACACUUUGUCUGUCGAGCGCAAAUGCACGUAUUCACGCACGCACAUCAACAAUUUAACGCAGCUUAACAUUGCCAGCAUUGCGGUUGCGGCAACUUUUACCGCUCGACUAUCUCUGUGUGUCGGUCUAUCCAUCGCGCUGUCUGCUUGCCGUGUUCUUCGCACUUAAUUAAUGUCAAGUGGGCAUCACUUGCAUUAUGCAAUUUAAGGCGACAACUCGUUUCGCGUACGCCAACUGCAGCAAAAUUAACAACAACAAAAGUGCCAGCAACAACAACAACUCGAGCAAUUAUAGCGAAAGCAACAGCAACAAGAACAACAAAAAAGCUGUCACAAAGCGUCGUGAUUUCACGGUGAUGUAUGCACAGCUACGCGCAAAGCAACAACAACCAGAGCAACAACAAAACAAACAACUCGUGCAACUCCGCGUGGCACACAAAAUGCAACUUACAACAAAUACAAAUACGGAAGUGAAGUGCAUUUGCGCGUCACCACGCAGCAACAACAACAACCACUGCAAAACCUACAACUCACAAAGUGACGCAUACACUAGCACAGCGGCGACAAUAGUUUGCAACAUGGCAGCUGCCACAAUCCCAACAGCAAUGACUGAUGACAGUGGGUGUUGCAAGUAUACAGGCAACAGCAAUAUGCAGCGUUGUGGUAAAGAUGUUGAUUACAUUGCUGCUCCUGCCGCGGCAAUGGCGGUGGCGGUGGCGAUGCGAACACAAUGUUGCAAGCAAGACAUGCAAGACAGCCUUAGCAAGUACAAUAAGAACAAUCAGCAUACAUGUGCAGUCAACUGGAAAAACAAUUUUGUGGCAAGUGAAAGUGCGAAGAAAGAUUGCAAACAUUCCGCAGUGAUUAGAAGCAGUGGCAGCGGCGAAAAUUUACUGGCAACUGCAGCACCAGCAGCAGCUGAAAUUAAAACUAAAACAACUAGCAUGCACAACGCAUUCGACAUUGGCAACUGGAAGAGCAUAUGCGCUAUGAUGCUCUUGUUAUUCUGCUUUACAUGGCAUGAUUUUGCUCACGCCGCUCUCAGCAACGUCAAUUUAUUUAUUGAGCCACCAGCGGUGCGUCGUGGCCAGUCGGUCAUUUUACGCUGUCAGUAUACGCUAGAAGGUGCGCCACUUUAUUCGAUCAAAUACUAUCGUGGCAAUUAUGAGUUCUACCGUUAUACGCCGGGGGAGUUUCCAAAUGUGAAACACUUCCAAUAUCCGGGCAUUAAGGUGGAUGAAGUUAUCUCCAAUGCCACGCAAGUUGUUAUACGCGACGUGAAAUUUAGUUUAUCUGGCAACUUUUCCUGCGAAGUCACGGCCGAUGCACCGCUCUUCUCCACCGCCACCGCUUAUGCGCAAGUACAAGUUGUGGAAUUUCCUGAAAAGCGUCCACAACUUUUUACUGAACAUGCGCGUUACGAAGCAGGCGAUAUCUUGCGCGCCAACUGCAGUACACCUCCCUCGAGACCACGCGCCGACCUUCAUUUCACACUCAACAAUAUACCGGUAUCAACGGGCGAAACGCAAUACAUCAGAACGGUUGACAAUUUAAUAGCGUCGAGACUGAGCCUGAAACUGCAAUUGCAUGCAGCACAUUUUGCUGCCGCCGUUAAUACCCAGCACUUGAUGAAUCACCUGGGCGGCAGUCAGGCUGCUAUGGGUGUAUCCUAUAAUACAGGUGCUGCUGGUGGUGUUGGUGUUGUUGGCAAUGGCGGUUUGGUUUUGCGUUGCACAGCACAAAUUGGUGAUUUGUAUCAGGAGUACAAGGAAAUCGAAUUGGGCACACCGCAAAAGGAUCCAGUGCCAGCCAGAGUGACAUUGUCAUCCGGCUCUAGUCUGCGUAAUUUCUUCGAAUACUUCUCGGCGGCCAGCUCCGCCGCCUCGACGACGACCACGUUCACGACGCAAAGCAUAGCGCGUCCAUUGAAAUUGACAGUAUUGGCAGCUGCUGUGUGGCGCUCGCAAGCCUUACUUCUUGGCAUGGCAGCUGGCCUCGUCGGUGUUUACAGCACAUUAAGGCUGAAGCAAGCGGCCAACGCCAGCAGAUAGUUCAAUCGCAGCAAAUCGAAGGCAUUAAUGCAGUGAAGAUGACGGCGGUUAAACUGGAGAGAGGAAAGCGUUGGCUAGCUGGCUGAUGGAUGGCGUGUGAUAAAGUUGAGCAAAGCUAUAUCGGAGACCAAAAGCAGAGGAACGAAACAUAAUUAUAGGCGAUGCAGCAAAAGCUUUUAAUUGCAAAGGUGAAAGCGAAGCCGUGAAAGCACAAAACGCGCACGUAGCAGAGAGUGUAGUCAGUUUAUUUAAGUAAUUAAAAACGCGAGCACACAUACAAACUCACACACGCAUAUAUACACACCCAUACAUAGUGUCUACAUGAUAAUUAAGUUAAUUAGGAAGAGCUUAAGAAUUGAACUGCUGUUGGCAAAUAAAUGAGCGAAAAGUAAAUAGCUUUUUGUUGUUGUCUUUUUUUAAUGGCAUAUUAAAGAAUGUGAGAUUUGCAUGUUUGUAAUUGAAUACUGUUAAUUUUGUUCUGUACAAUUACAAUGUUAAUUAUGCAUAAGUGCGAAAAACAAGAAAAAAGGAAACAACAAAUUUAGCAAAAUAAGCAAAGAAAGUUAAAUAAAAAAAAAAAACAAUAUAAACAAAAAAAAAAUUCUAGGUGUUAAUUAUUGUGAAAUAAUUGAUAUUAAAUAAAUAUUUGUAAAUAGUAAAUGCGCACGCAAACUAACGGUUAAGCAAAGUAAACAAAAGCGAAAGUAAUUAGCAAAGCAAAUAAACACCAAUACAUAUGCACACACUCAUACAUGUACACAAGCAAAGCUUUGUAAAUCAAAUAGUGGCUAGUCUAAAACUUCUAUAAGUAUUUUCGUUGCACAAUACUUUGGGUAUAUUCGAAAAGUCAUGUGGAAACUUAAUAAAAAAAAUACAGUAGCUCCAAAUGUUUUUUCUUGACAAAUUCAUUUAAAAUUUGUUGGUGUUUAUAAAAUUUGUAAUAAGUCUAUAUUCAUAUAAUUAUAUUUUUUUAUAUAACUCUAUUGACUUUAGUUUUACACAUAUGAUACUCAUAAAAAGAAGUUCAGCAAAAUUAAGCUUAAUUUAGUUUUAUAAAUAAAAAAAGUAAUUAUUUAAAAAUAUUUUUUGUUUAUUACCAUAAAUUUCCAUUUUUAUUAAAUAUAUUUUUUUUUUUAUUAAAACAAAUUUAAUCCUCCAAAUUUAUUAUGCUAUAUAAAUGUCAAAAAUUUUAAUUUUAAUAAAUACUUAGAUAUUUCGAAUACCUUAGAAAGUUUGUUUUAAUAAAACCCAGCUUUAUAGGUAAAUUAGUACUCCCCUUUAAAAUAAAAAGUAAUACAUAUAUCAAUUUAGUGCUAACGCCUAAAACAAGGCGAUUUUUGUGAACUAAAAAACUAGUGUACCAAUUGUUUUAAACUUUUAACCCUAAAUUUGUACUUAAGUCUAUACAGUAUAUGCUUUUAGAAUACGAUUACACAAUAAAAUCUUUGAAGAAAAUAAAAAGUAUUUUUCAAAUUUUACGCAAACUCUGACGGCGCUAAAAAAGGGUCUCCACUGCUGCAUUGAUUCCGGCCUUCGCUGUAAAUGGAACACAAGAUAAACAAUAUCUGCUAGAAGACAACAUAUUGUCCAUACAAUGAACCACAGUCGAAGAAAAUAAGAAUUGAAAAAAUUGCGGGGUUUUUGAUCAUAUGUUAUGAAAAAACUGGUAAGUGAUUGAAUUAAAAACUAUAUAGAGAGUAAUAACACAAAUUUAAUAGCGGUCGGAUAAUAUGUCUCCUACUGAUCACUGAAGCAAAUUUGAAAAUUGUAGUUUUGAGAAAAACACGUUUAAAAAAUUAUGAACUAAUGGGGUGAAUCGAAUUUAGCGGUUACAUUUUAGAAGCCUGUAACUCAAAAACUAUUUGAGAUAACGAUUUAAAUUUUGAUAUGUUAUUUCUAAAAGCAUAAGCUAUCGUAAUUAAAUGAAAAUAGAUUUCUUUUUAAUUUUACAAUCGGUGUAACCCUAAAUUGUUACCCAAUAUCAAGUGGCGUCAUUUAGGUGUUCACACCUGCAAUUACUGCAGGGUUUAUUUAAGAAAAUUUAUUUCAAUAAAAAUUUUAUUUGGAAAUUUGAUAUUCCCUGAGUUAAAUAAAGAUUCUAGUAUUUCUGCAUUGGAAAACCCUAGAGAAGAAGGUCAGAAAACUUGCAAUAUCAUUCUUUGAGGGAAGGAAAGAAAUAUUAUAUAUAUUGGCGUAUAAGAAUUUAUGGCUUUUCAUUCGAAUUCAUUAUAAAGACAGCAUAUUACUGCUACGAGAUUGUAGAGUUCAAUAAAAUUACAUAGUAAAGUAGAGGAAACCCAUAAACCUAGCUUAAAUUAAUUUUUUUUUGUAAUUUAUUCAGUUCUCACACGGUUAUAUACAGCUUCCAAUUAAAAAAUUAAGUAAUUUUAAAAUUUUUAGAAGAAGAAAUAAAUAUAAAGAUGUUCCUUGGCUUUUGAAGUAAAGUGUGGGCUUGACCAAACUUGACAUGAAUCAGAUUAUGUUGAAGUAUUUUCAUUAUCCCUCUUAACAUUUUAAAAAGUUGUUAGGCAGAAACAGCAAUCGGUCAUCUAAUUCUCACCGAAUGAAGGAUAGCACGAAUUCACCAACUAAGACAAAUUUAAGCUAACCUUUAUGGCACUUGUCAUAAACUAUAAAAAUAGCCGAAACUACUGAAAUUAUCUUAAGCGGUAUAUUAUAUUUCUUGUGCUCUUUUGAAAACAAUUUUUGUUACGAUUAUAUUUUCUACAGAUACAUAAGAUUUUGUAUUUAAAGUAGUAUUUUAUAAAUUAUUCUCGCUUAAGCUAAUAAGUUUUGCCGAGUCAAAAAUUAGUUUUGUAAAUAUUAACUAUAAAUUGUAAAAAAAAACAACACUAAACCAAAGAAAUGUAAUGUUACGAUUAAAUGAUGAAAAAUUAUUUAAAAUAAUAAAAAAGAAAAAACAACAUGUGUAUUGUAGAGCAACUGUUACUUAUAAACAUUUACAACUAUCUAAUUACAUGUGUUAACACGCGUAUUUUACAUGUCUGUACAGGGUCUGCUUAUGUUAAUUGCAGGAUGUGAUUUAUGUUAAUAUGUAAAAUAAAUUUAAAAUUUUCUAAACAGCCAAGUCGGUUACAGCUAUUUGGUAACCACAACUUUGUUCAAAUCUGAGCAUAAAUCACUUGACCCCGGACGCUUUGCAUUGAGAAUAAUCUUAAUGAGGCACGAAACUCAUUUCAUAAUAACAUAGUAUGUGCCAGUAAUCCACAAACCAUUGACAAAGGGUGCCAUACCAUAUUGCUCGAUAUUUUCGAAAACUAAUGGCAUUACAGCAGCUGCUGCGGCCAAUAAAGUCGGUCACUCCUUUGAUGUUGCAUUCAGAGAAAACGUCUAAAUAACGCCUAUUUAACUAUAAAUAUGUUGUUUAUAAAAAGCGCAUAAUUUUUUCGAAAUUGUUCGAUUUGCAUACUAAGAGCAAAGAUCGCCCAGCCUGUAUAUAAAAACCUUUAAAUAAUAAUUAAAUACGAAUAAGUAAUAAAAUAGACAGACAAACAGAAAAACUCACGAAUGCAAUUACUAAAUAAAUGCAUUAAUAUAUGUAUGUAAAUCCUCUGUAUAAAAAUGUUUGUAUAUAUGUAUGGUAUGUGUAUAAGUCCAGUUAUAUAAAAAUAUAUGCAUAUAAUGACAUUGUGUACAUGUAUUAAAUAUGCAAUGAUAAGGCAAGUAAUUAAAUCGCGGCAGAAGCAUACAAAUUACCACGCAGCAAAGUACUCACACACACACACACAGGCACACGCACACUCAUACACAACAAAGUGUGUAAAUUAAUAUAAUAAAUACAUUACCUUUGACGUAUACGUGUAAUAUAAAAAUAAAUAAAUUUUUGAAAGUGCAAAAAGUUAUAAAUAAAUUAUGAUAAAGAAGCAAAUAAAAUUUAAAAAAAUGUAACAGAAUUUUUUUACAGUUCAGUGGGUAUGUUGAUGUAUUUGUAACAGCACUUAUCGGGUUGUUGAUAUAGGACGUUAUCGGCGGGCAAUGUCAUUGUCAAACAAUUUGAUUGCACAAUUCACCGCUGAUGAGUAGGUGCCGGGAAAAAAUUAAAUAUCAACGCCACAGCAUUAC